UGUCCCUGUCAUUGCAGAAUCCCAGCGGAGGCUGGAGCUGGGAGGGCUCUUCCUGCCUGGGGGAGGCUUCAGGAUUUACCAGUCGUCCCCCCUCAGUCCCUGUCCCUGGCUGUGCCCCACUGGAGGCCAUGUGCAGUGGUAAGCUGCAGACAGGUUUGCUGGUGGCCAGCUACUUCAUCUACCUGCUGGUGGGUGCUGCUGUCUUCCAGGCACUGGAGAGGACCGCUGAGAAGCAGGAGAAACUGGCAGCUGCCCAGAUGAAGGAGGCUUUUCUGCAGAACUUCACUCACCUCACAGUGGCAGAGAUGGAGCAGUUUAUGAAGAACCUGACUGAAGCCAUUCAGAAUGGAGUAUACCCUGUUGGAAAUGAAUCACAGGUUGAAGAGAGCAACUGGGAUUUCAGUAACUCCUUCUUCUUUGCAGGCACAGUUGUCUCCACAAUAGGCUAUGGUACGCUACGUCCUAAAACUACUGGGGGACAGAUCUUCUGUGUUUUUUUUGCUCUGUUUGGGAUCCCUCUGAAUAUUGUUUUUCUGCACCGUGUCGGUAAGAUGCUCUCACUGCUGUGUAAAAAGCUGGGGAAAUUCCUGUACGAGAAAGGAAUGAGAAAGAAGAAGAUCAAAUCUCUGACCCUUUUGUUCUUCCUGGCAACGGGGAUCCUAGUUUUUCUAUGCUUGCCAUCACUCUUCUUCCAGAUAACAGAGGGCUGGUCCUACAGUGAAGGAAUUUACUUUGCAUUUAUCACCCUCAGCACCAUUGGCUUUGGGGAUUAUGUAGUAGGUAAACAGCCUGGCAGGAACUACUUUUCCUACUACCGAACACUGGUGGCCAUUUGGAUUCUUUUUGGCCUUGCCUGGAUUGCUCUCCUGUUUAACUUAUUGACAACGGUACUAGAAGAUACUGAAAAGAUAAUUGUCAAGGAUCUCCAUCAAAUUGGAAAGGUGAGUAAGGACAAUGAAGCAAACCAACAACGAAGGUGCUGGCCUGCUCAAUUUGUUCCUGAAGAGGAACCACCACAUCCUGGAGAGGAUGCACAGUCAGUGGAGUCAUUAGCAGCAGAAUCCGAACACACAAAAAAUGAAAGAAAUGUUUUUUCUUGUAACAAAACUAUUGCCACAACAGAUGAAAACUUGAAUUCUUCAUUGGAGAGUUGCUUGUGAAUUAUUCUGAAGAAGUUCCCAUGGAAAUAAACUGUAUCCUACCUUUUGCUGAGAUACUACCUUUGAGAACUCAAGACUUAACAGUUACACAAAGCUCAAAUAUUAAUGGUAAGACAUAUGCUCCUCAAUUUGCAGCUAGAUUGUGCUAACAACCUGAGAAGAGCACUUGUUUUGCAAGGUGUUUUUAAGGUGCUGCCACAAAAAUGCAGAGGAGGAGCAUGGUAAAGCUUGCUGGUUCUAUUUGGAUGUUGCUGCUUGCAAGAAAUCCUAUCUCUUCCAGGAACUGACAUGCACAAGCUUUCCUGAGACAUUGCAUAGCACCUUUGGGAGAAGGAAUAAGGGUUUAUAACUUCAUAGGUGCCUGAUUUGAGCCAUCAUAUUGAAUAAGCUAAUAUGACCUGAAAGAUAUCUUAAUAGGACAGGACCUGGGCUCAGUUCAGAGACACUAGAAGUAUCUAAUGGACAAGGUUAGAAAAAGGUUAACAUGUUAGAAAUUAUUAAUUCUACCUCUUCCUGUUUUAUACUAAGAUGAAUAAAGGCAAUUUCACCUUUACUGUAGCUUUGAAAACCCUCUGUGACAGUGUUUAUAAAGAACGUAUAAAUCCAUGUCUUUAAUUCAAAUUUUAUAGUAAUUUUAUUCUAGAAGCAUUUUAUAAGAACAGAGACUGGUUUGAAUGGAAGAGUCCUGCCUGCAUCCAAGCCUUGCUGCUAUGUUUGUGUUCUAGCUAUAAAGUAAUUUUUAAAUUA